AUGGAUAUCCAGGAAGGAGUUGAACUCUGCUUUCCACAACUCCUCAACACCUCCUGCAGGAAGCCGAUGCAACAUCGUGCUGAGAGCAUAUUCCUUUAUAUCUUGCUGUCCUUGAUUUCACUGCUCACUGUGGCUCUUAACCUGCUGGUCAUCAUCUCCAUCUCCCACUUCAGGCAGCUCCACACUCCAACCAACCUCCUACUUCUCUCUCUGGCUGUGUCAGACUUCCUUGUUGGCCUUCUGCUGAUGCCCAUUCAGAUCCUCCUUAUAGGGGGGUGCUGGUUUUUGGGGACCCUCAUAUGUGGUCUAUUUUACUAUGCCUCUUUUAUACUUACAUCUGCCUCUGUAGGAAACAUGGUCCUCAUAUCAGUUGACCGAUACGUGGCCAUUUGUAACCCCUUGCAUUAUCCCACGAAAGUGACUCUGACAAGAGUUAAAAUCUGUGUUUGUCUAUGUUGGGCCUUUUCUGUUUUCUAUAACGGACUGAUACUGAAUGGUUUCCUGAAACAUCCAGAUAGAUAUAAUUCCUGCUAUGGAGAGUGUGUGGUUGUAAUUGACUUCAUAACAGGAGCUGUUGAUGUCACGUUGACCUUUAUUGGCCCAAUUGCUAUCAUAAUAGUUCUGUAUAUGAGAGUAUUUGUGGUGGCUGUAUCUCAGAUUCGAGCCAUGAGAUCCCACAUUGCAGCUGUCACACUCCAGGGUUCAGUGAAUGCAACUGCAAGGACGUCUGAGAGAAAAGCUGCCAGGACUCUUGGUGUGGUAGUAGUUGUGUUUUUAAUAUGUUUCUGUCCAUAUUUUUAUCCUUCUCUUGCAGGUCAGGACAUGUCAACCAGUGUGGCAUUUUCAAUAUUUGGGGUCUGGCUGCUUUAUUGUAACUCUUGUCUAAAUCCAGUGAUUUAUGCUUUUUUCUACCCCUGGUUUAGGAAAUCUAUCAAACUGACUGUUACUCUAAAGAUACUGCAGCCUGGCUCCUGUGAUGUGAGCAUACUGUAG